UAUAAGCAAGCUAACCUCACAGUUGCAAUAUAUGCUGCGCGUAUAUGCUGCGCGUUUGUUAUGUGAAAUGUGAAUUUACAAUAAGCGAUAUGUUUCUUUACACGCACGACAGGUUAAAUAAUCACCCGAUUGUAAAAUAACACAAAAACGAUGUAUUAUUGCAAUCUUACAAUACAUUUACAUCAAAAUGUAAAUUUACUACGUCGGACGUGAAGCAAAUUAUUUCCAAUGUCCCACUUGGUAAAAUUACAAGAUCUGAGUUAAAUAACAUUAUAGGACGUCAUAAAGUUACACAAAGUUGUGUAGAAUUGCACUUGUAGGUUAUAUCACUACGUGUAGCAACGUAAAUUUAUCACAUCAGACGUUGUAGUUUUGCAGAGUAAAAUUACACGACGUGUGUUAUAAAGCAAUGUCCUUUUUAUUACAGUGUAAAACAGUUUUAUGAAAGUGAUGAGAAUAGUAGACUGCUCCCUGGAAUGAAGGAUUUCUUAUCUAUAAAAAAAGAAGAUGGAACCCGUGAGCAUGUACAAAAAAAGGUUAAUUCUGGUCAAUUUGUCAGAACUGUAUUCUAAAUUUAAGCAAGAGAACGAGAAUGUUAAAAUUGGGUUUUCACGCUUUGCACAAUUGAGACCUCGGCAUUGUGUUCUAGCUGGAAGAAGUGGUACUCACACGGUUUGUGUCUGUGUCUACCAUGAAAAUGUGAAAUUGAUGCUGGAUGCAAUAAAUAUUGAAAAAAUAAUGGAAUUGUCGAAUUUAAAAUUAAAAGACUACCAUGAUUGUUUAAAGGUUUUAAUGUGUAGUGAAGUUACAACAGAAUGCAAUUUUAACGAGUGUUCAAAUUGCCCUGGUGUAGAAAUAUUAAAAAAGCAUUUAAUGGAUCUGCCAGAUAAGGACUGCGUUGAAGAAAUUCGAUUUCAGCAUUGGCAAAACACAGACAGGACCACUUUAGUUACAGAAGUAGCAAACGUAGACGAUUUUGUGGACAGGCUUUGUGAAAAAAUUGUUGACCUUAAAACACACGAUUUUUAUGCAAAAAGUCAAACAUUAUUUCCAAAAAAUUUAAAAAGCAAUUUAAAUGAAGGAGAUUUUUUAAUAAUGUCUGAUUUCGCAGAGAACUAUGCUUACGUUAUUCAAAAUGCAACUCAAGCGGCGCAUUGGAAUAACGAUCAAACAUCCAUAUUCACUGUCAUUGUUAAUUAUAAAUUUGAAAACGAAAUAAAACAUAUUAGUAUGGCAAUAAUUUCUGAUAAUUUACAGCAUGACACAGUUGCGGUUUAUGUUUAUCAGCAAAUAAUUAUUGCCUAUCUCAAAGAACAUUUCAGUCCAAAAUUCAUUCAUUAUUUUACCGAUGGAGCAUCGCAACAUUUUAAAAAUAAAUACAAUUUCAUUAAUCUUCUUCAUCAUAAAGAAGAUUUUAACAUUUCAGCAGACUGGAAUUUCCAUGCAACUGCACAUGGAAAAGGUCCGUGCGAUGGAAUCGGAGGAAAUUUAAAGCGUUUGGCAGCAAGAGCUAGUUUGCAACGUUCUUCUGAAAAUCAAAUUUUAAAUGCUCCAGCCUUAUACGAAUGGGCAAAAAUUAAUUUAAAGGAUACUGUAAUAUUCUUUAGUUCUAAGGAAGAUCAUGUCCAGAUGACGCAGACUUUAGCUGAAAGGUUUAAAGAAGCAAAAACCAUUCCUGGAACACUAGAGUACCAUUCAUUUUCUCCAAAUGGAAAUGGUCAAUUGUGUUUAAAACGAAUCUCUGAUGAUACAGAAUUUCAACUUUUUCCAAAAAACAAAAAUAACUUAAAAAGGAAAAAUCAAAACAUUCGAGAAAAAUGUCAAAAAAAGUAUCAUCAAAAAAGACUAAAAAGUAAAAAAAAAUUAGACUCUAUCCCAUACACUUUCUAUACAAUGUUGGUGCACCAGUUAGCAUCCAUCUUGAAUUUUCCCCCACCGAACUUAAAUAGCCUUAUAACACGUACAUUUUCUUAACCAAUUAGCAAUUCGCCAACGCCUCUUCUUACGGACUACAAAGUAUCCCCCCGCAUCUAUAUGCCAUGUCCCUAUAUUUCUUACGUCCAUGGUCUGACCUAUAAAGAAAUUGGGAUUUUGCAAAUAUUUUUCUAACAUUAUAAUUUAUCUUCGAUUUAAAUUUAACGAAAGUGUCUUUCUUCAUUUUCGAAAUAAUAUGAUUUUAAAAAGUGCCCUUUUAAGAUACGAAGCCUCAAUUAACCUUUUUGGAUAAAAAUUUUUAAAAUUAUUAUUUCGAAAACGAAGAAAAACACCUUCGUCAAUCAUGUAAUUCCGAUGUAUUGUUGAAGAGUUAUAAAAUAUUUAGUUACCCCGAGUAUACUCGUGGUUAACCGUUUUGGUACAGUAAAUUUACCCCGAGUUAACUCGGGACAAACCGCAGAGAGGUUAAAUAUAGUUUCUAAAGAAAUUUCUCUUUUCUUAAAUUAAAAUUAUUGUUCAAAAAAUAUUUUAGUUUCUUUCGGACGCAUGAAGUUUGUCUACUAAUUACUUGAAAAGCUGUCACCUCAAAACUACUUUAAUUACAUCUUUCCUUUUCGCAGAAGCAGUUAUCAGCACAAGUUCGUUUUCUUUUAUACGCAGCAUUACUUUAAAUUUUUUUAGAAAUUUCAUUUCGAUUUCUAUACAUAUUUUUAGUUAUUUUUAAACUAAGGUAAUAUUUAAACAAGGAAAUAUUAUUUCAAAUACCACUUUAAAUCUAAAUAAUCUUUCUUCUACACUAACUUGUAAUUGUUUUGUAAAGCAAAUUAUUCUUAAUUUAGUACAAUAAAAAAAUACACUAAAUAAUAAAUAUUUUAUUGCAGCACCUUACUGAUAAUGAAAACUUUAUCACUGAUAGCUAUAAUAGGGUUAGUUCAAUUGAGUAGUGGAAAUCAUGAAUUCCUCAUUAACGUUGGUGUUUUAAAAAAAUUACUUAGUUUAGAAGCAGAUUUGAUUGACAGACUUCUUGAUGAAAUUGUACACCAACAACAACAUUUGAAUUCAAUAAGCAACGAUGAAGUAUACGCACAGGAACUAGAAGGUUUUUCAUAUGAAGCAAAUGAACAUUCAAUAUCUACUAAAAUGACAAUUAGUAUGUUAAUUGAUUUAGAAAAUUUGUGGCCUGAAAUUGAUAACUAUGUGAAACAGACUACGAUCAAAAUUGGUCUAGAUGAAGUUACGUCUUUAGAGACAACAUGUGAGUCUGAUGACUACGAAUACGAUAUUUUUGAGAACUCGGCACUACAGUUAUGCAAAUGAACGAUUUCACUAUCUGCAAAUAUUGAAAAGCAUUUAAGAUGUCGAUUCGUUGAUCAUGGAAAUCCAAUUUUGAAAAUAUCACCAUUUUAAGAGGAAGAUGUGUAUUUAUAUCCUUUCAUUGUAAAUUACCACAAUCUUCUUUCAGAUUCAGAAACAGAAAUGGACUAAGAAGAAAGUUAGAAUUAUUUAAAAAUAAUAAUUUUUGUUAUUUUUUAAACCGAAAAACUGUCAAAAAACACCGUUUUUCGAACAACUUUAUUUAAACUACUCCCAUUUUAUUAUUUUUUCAUAAAAAUUAAUAAUUCUGAUUUGAACGAUAACUACAAUCCUACUGAACUUAAAUCUUUUUGCAUUUCUGAGUUUUCUAAUCUGAAAAACACACACACAGCUUGCAUCAGUUCUUCUAGCAGGGCUGGAAAAUUGUUAAAUUUUAAACAACAGAAUAUGUUUAAAUUUAAUAAAACGACGCUUUCUAUAUAGUUAGGGUGUCUUUGUUGAACUAAAAGAGACUUAGAUCAGUAGCAUCUACAGAGAUUGUAAAAAAAAUUCUACCUAUAAAAAGCUAAAUUUUCAGGGAUGUAAAGUGGUAUGAACCCUGAAAUUAUUUAACUAAUGUUUAACAUAAUAAAGAUAAUAAACUAUAAUUUCUAUUUGUGAAAUACUUACCUAAAACAAAAUUUUGAACAUUCUCAUGUAUAUAGAGUUAUGUAGUAUGCAAGAAAAAAAUUAUUUUUCUUAGUGACAUUAUUUCUAACUUGUUUUCAUCUAAGAUUAUUCACAUUAAUAUUAUGAUAAGAGUUAAAUUUUCGAUAUUUUCACCAAUGUGUCAUUUCUGUAGUAGUUCGAUAAAUAAAAAAGUAGUUAAAAAAAAAAAAGUAAAAAAAAAAAAAAGUAGUUCGAUAAUAAAAGUUUGA